AAUAGUGGCUUUUAUGUUAAAUAUCAAAUUUAUUUAGAAUAUAAAAAAGGAUUUUAGAAUAUAAUGCAAAAGCGGAAAUCUGCUCAGAUUUGUCCUAUUUGUAUAGUUACUAUUGUUAAGGCAUGAUUCUCGAUCAUCAUGUCGCUUAAGCAUAAGUUGUUGUUUAAUUAAAUAAUUUCUUUGAUCAGCUAUUGAAAAAACAAAAGUUUUUCGUAAAAAAUGUUAUGUCUGUGUUUCUCAUUUUAUCUUAGUCGUUAGUGAAAACUGGAAAGCACAGAUGAGGGAAUUUGUCGAAAUAGCAGUUACGUUAUUAGCGUGGGAAAAAUGUGAAUCGUUGCCAAUUGUCUAAACUUAAAGGAAAUAUUUUAUUCAUUUGCCUGAAGUAAUUGUACCGUUUGAAUUCAAUAACAGAUAGUGUAAGCUUCAAGAAAAAAAUACUGUUUAUUAAAUAUAACAGUAAUAGAAAGGAAUUGAAUUACUUUCACAUCAUCUGUGUUAAGUUCAAAUGUGACGGAAGCAAGCCGAACAUUUCCUAUGAGGAGCGAUCAGUCGUGUAUAUAGAAUCAUCAAGUCACCGACGAGUUCUUGGAGCGGGUCACAGAAUCACUCGAGUAUAAAGCAUCUCUCACAUCGCGGUCUGCGCUCGCUAGUAUAUAGAAGUGGAUCUACUGCUGAAAGUUGGAGAAAUUCUUUUAAGCGAAAACGUGGAUCACAAAGCAUUAUUAGACAACCAUUAAAAGUGAAUAUGUUUCGUGGAUGGAUAUUUUUACAAAGUUUGAUUUUUAUCACAACUGCGAGAGCUUAUUUUGGAUUAACCGGGAAGAGCCAAUUAAGGGAAUGGAGGAGCAUCCGUUUACAAUCAUCGUCAAUUGCUUCCCUUGGUGAUUUCAACAUUGAUGAACCUGAACCAUCUCGAGAUUUUCAACCGAUUGACCUCAGCCCUACGACACAGUACAACAGAAAACGAGUUGCAAACCAUGCCCGUCGAACAUUAUCCGACCAAGCCCUUCAAUCCAAUCGUACAAAAUACAACAGGCCAUUUUCAAUACCCAAGAUGGACAUACAAGCCAAUAUUCCAGCGUUUUCACGGCCAAAUAAAAAUAACCAAAACCCGACUAAGCCACGUCACGAUGACGUCACCUCUGGCCCAACUUACAUCACAAGCAAGUUUACGUCAUCACGCCGACCACAUAACUACAGACGCAGGAACUCUACUUCUCAACGAGUUAAAUUGAAUACCUUCAGCCAAUAUCAGCAAUCGGCUCGAAAACCAGAAUAUUACAUUCGUGGGUUAAACCUAUCCGCAAUUGUCGGAAACCCAUCCGUUCCCCAUGUGCGCAGUGAAAGAGAAAGCGGAAAGAAAAGAGAUCUGUUCGGAAUUCACCGGAAACCAUCGACUUAUUUCGUCUCUUCAUCUUUCCACCAAUCUUUACCGUCCUCUAGUGUUAAUAUGCGGCCGAUGGAAGAACAUAUUUCAGAAAGAUCUCAAACUGUCUCGAACACCUCGAGAAACAUUGCCGAACUGAGCCACAUCAAUUCAUAUAACUCCUUCGUUAAUGAAAGAAAACAGCGACUUGAGCCACUUGCAGAACCGAACAAAAUCAACAGAAUACAAGCAAGAAGAAUGUGUGAUAGUUUUAAACUUACAACGAGCCAGCGUAGGAAAUGUAAACGUGACCCUGGUUUGCCCCAGGUUCUAUCCGAGGCCACCCACAUAGCUGCAUUAGAGUGUCAGUAUCAGUUUCGAUACGAAAGGUGGAAUUGUUCUUUAGGAACGACAAGAAUUCACAUAUUGAACAAAGGUAACAAGGAAACUGCCUUUCUCUUCUCAAUAUCAUCUGCUGGUCUUACUCACUCGAUUGCAAGAGCUUGUGCAAAAGGCCACUUGAGGCGCUGCUCAUGUGACGAUAGCUAUAUUGGUCACGUGACGGACCAAAGCUGGCGAUGGGGCGGAUGCAGUGAUAAUGUACAUUACGCGGCAAAAUUUGUUCGGCGAUUUUUGAGAUCCCGAUCAACGAGUAGAGACAUUCGAGCUGAAGUUGAUAAACAUAACAGCGAUCUCGGAAUUCGGGUUGUGAAAUCUAAUCUGAUAGAAAAAUGCAAAUGUCACGGCGUGUCGGGUUCUUGUACAACAAAAACAUGCUGGCGUAAGGUGGUUCCAUUCUAUGAGAUAAGCAGAAAAAUUAAACGGGCUUACGAUAAAGCUGUAAAGGUUGGAAGCAUAAACAACUUAAAUGGUCGAACGCGGCUUAUACGACUUCGACGAAGUCGAUUGCGUCAAAGAAAAUCUGCCCGUGCAUCGAUGACGUCAUCAACCACACAAUACCCAAACUCUUCAGCGCCACCAGACAGACGAAAUGUUGCGUCGAAUACUUUCAAGUCAAACGUUCCUUUGUCUGGAAGGUCACAGAGCGUUUUAAAAGAGGAGAGUCCCCGAAACAAAGAACUUGUAUAUUUGGAAAACUCGCCAAGUUAUUGCCGAAAAAGCCGUUAUUCUGAAGGAACCAAGGGGCGAAUUUGUGAGAAUGAACGGUCCUGCCACCGUAUGUGUUGUGGCAGAGGAUACACGACACACGUGCGCGUAGUACGCAGUUCUUGCGAAUGUGUAAUGAAAUGGUGUUGCGUAGUACACUGCAAUACGUGCACAGAACGAAAAAUGAUUCAUACAUGUAGAUGAGAUCUCUUCAUAUCUAUCUUUUACACGGUCGACAACAGUUCCUGGCUGGUGGGGUAUAUGGAUACAGCCGCACAGAGAAGUAAUCAGUGCUCUCCAUUUACUGUGUCAAUAUCUUCAAACCAACUUCUUCAAUUUCUUCGGCAAAUUAUAUCGUUCGAUAAACAAUCAUUCGUAUUCAUUAUCUAAGAUGAAAAGAUAGAUAAUUCUCUGCUAAAAAAAUAUUUUGAUUUUUAAAAAUAAUAUUCCGUGUAUCUUAAUAAAUACAGGAAAAAAAUA